AUUUCCAAACUACUUUAAGGGUGCCUAUUGAAGGCGAUUAACGCGUUUUAUAUUCUAUUCUAUGUACGACGAAGAGAUCGACGUCAAAGACGAUGCGGACGAAGUGGAUAGUGAAUCUUCGGACACCACCACCACUGACCGAGGUAGCAGGGACCUGAGGACUCCUAGUGCCAAGCAGAGAAAACUGUUGAUGUCCAGCAGUUCCGGGAGAAGAUCCAGAAGCAGACUACGGGCUGUCGACUACGAAGGAGCCGUCGAGCCUACAAAGGACGAUCCGGACAAUUACGACGUGCACGAAGCUCAAAGGGAUUAUGACCGAGACUAUGACACCUUGCAGUUGUCUCAAGACAUCAAAGACGUCUUCAAGUACAUCACAAUGUAUUAUCCUCAAAAGACCAAAAUCGAACAUAAGCUCCAGCCGUUCAUACCGGACUACUUGCCGGCCGUCGGUGACGCGGACGCUUUCAUCAAAGUCAUACCGCCGGAUCCGACUAUACAGGAAGGAAUAGGUUUGGAAUUUUUGGACGAACCAAGUCUCAACCAAAGCGACCCGUGUCUUCUUAACUUGCAACUCCGAGCGUCCACUUGCUCUUCGUCCCAAUCGAUGGUUGUGAAAAAACUGGAAAACGCCGAAAAGAACCCCAAAGUCGUGGAACAAUGGGUACGUGACAUAAGCGAGUUGAACCGUAACAAGACGUCCACGUUCAAUUUUUCUUCCAGCACAGAGAUUGAAAAUUUAAUGGCACCGUGGUCUGACGAAGUCCACAGAGAAGUUCCGGAUUUCGACAAUACGGAUUUGCUAACAUUAAUUGAUGACGUUUGUGAUUACUUUGGAAUCCCAAAGACCGAUUCGAAGAUAGAACCUCUGCACUUGUUGUUUUCCGUGUGCUCGACCAUCAAGAAAUCGCAGUCUCAGAACACCACCGUAUUGCCCACGUCUGCCGACAACUAAGACUGCAAGACUGCAAUGUUCAUACAUAUAUUUAAUAGUAGUUUUUUAAAUUAGAUAUGUGUAGAAUAUCGUUAAUAACAAUAAGAUUGGAAUUUUUAUUUUUAUUUCAAAUACAGUUCAC